UGACGGAAUGCUUUUAUCAUGGGAGUAUAACGUUCUUACACAAUACGACGCAAUCUCCUCGUGUAUUCAGCUUGAUUCAGCUGACUAACAGAGGAAAAAAGCGAAAGUGCAGUGAGUGUGGCGCAAUUAUUAAGCAAGGUCAUUUAUAGAUAACUACAUGAUUUAGAAUGAAAACAGAUGCUAGUGAUCCUUGGUGCGGAACGCGUGCGGAAGCUGCGGUCGACGACGACACGCCGAACGAUCGUUUUGAAGAUUCUUUCUUGGACGAAGACCGUCCAAGUCAUCGCCGAUUGUCCGACUCGGAGCAAUAUCUACAAAAGCUGUAUUCUAGAUUGAAAGUGCUUCAGGGAGGUACCACGAAAAAGGAUCUUGUGACGUCGCUGUCAGUGGCAAAGGAGGACUGUAUCGCGCGUUUAAUCACCUCUGGGAACAAUCCUCAGUCUGAAGAAGAAGCUGAAUUGGCGUCGAAUCCUCUGGUACGGCACAUAGCUCCUCAUCUGCAGGCUUUAACAGCCAGCGAAUUAGUUCAUCUUCUGAAAGCAGAUGUACUUCAAACAACCAUACAAGCGGAGCAAGAACAAAAUAAUACAGAGGAAUUACAAAUAAAUCCAUCAACAGAGCCAUCAACAGAAUACAAGCCAGAGCUUAAUAAUUAGUUUCCAUAAAUUUACAACAU